AACCGAAAUAAUUGAGAUUAAAAAUGAAGAAAAGUUGGCCCAUCAAUGGUCGGACACGUUCUUCGAAUCAUGUCGGCACUGGAAAGCACGCGGGCCUCAUGGAGCGGGGAGUGAGACAAGUUUCUCGUCACAUCACUACAAGCUCAAGUCCAUAAGGGCAAGCGAUCAGACUCCGGCUUCAAGAAGGAAGCAUGGGUGGAGGUGACGAACGCUUUCAACGCUCGAUUCGGCACGACGUAUCACACAUCAAAAAUCAAGUCGCGAAUCGACUGCCUCAAGCGCGACCACAAGGAUGUGAAGUACUUGCGCGACAACUCUGGAUUUGGAUGGAACAGUGACCUUGGAGUACCAACAGCACCGGACGAUGUUUGGGUUCCAGUUGUGAAGGUAUGCGACAUCAAACAACAAAGUCAUGUAACAGAGACGUUCAGGCGAACCCAAACUACAAGAAGUUCCGCACAACCCCUUUUCCACUGUUCGAUUGCCUAGCGAAUCUCUUUGACGGUUCUUAUGCUGACGGUUGUUAUUCGUCGCUUCCACCGGGCGUUUUGUCUGCGACAGAUCAAGCGAGCGUUGAAUCCUUCGAGUUGGAAGUGAUGGACAUGUCACCACUACCGCCCCCUAUUCCUGCUCGACGUCAAGCGCAGGCAGCCAUUCCGGAUGAAUUGGACAGCUCGGAAGAAAGCUCCGAUGCUGCGUCGCCACCGCCGAAGAAGUUGAAGCAGCAGCUCAAGAAACGUGACCGUCGAAGUGCUGGAGCAGUCAUCGGGGAUGCGAUCGCAAAAUUGGUCGACGUCGAAGCGUCCAAGGCGUGUCACAAUAGCGAUCCUCACAAGAGAGUGACGACGGCAAUCGAGUGCGUUUUGGAUAACUACAGCCAUGUUGACGCCGACCACAUCGCCAAGUUGGCCGACAUGAUGGGAACAGGAUAUAGUGCGACGAUCUUUAGUGCUCUUGGAGGGGAAGCGCGAGAUGCAUGGAUUGCGAAAAGUAUUCACUGGUCUUCAUAAUCAAUUAUGCAUUACUUUGCCUUAAAUGUGCAAACUAUAUUGUUGCCACAUCGCGUCAGCAAUACUAUCUCGUUGCGCUCCUGCUUCGUCAGUGUGGUGUUCUACAGGUUCGUUUAGUCUGCGGCGGGGACGGUU